GCACUGAUCCCGCACCCGAUUCGUUCCCUUUACGAAAAUAGGUGAGGCUACUAUUUGUAACUUCAUCACACGUCCAUUCCUUUCAGUUUGAAACCUUUCAUGGAUUUUACCGUUUGCAACUUUUUUUUUUUCAAAUAAAACUAGAUUUAUUAUAAACUGUUUGUGCGCCAUGAUUAUGAGCUCAUUUAUAGCCUACAAUAAGGGGCUGAUACUAUAAAUCAGACCUGAUAUUAAGGAGACAGUAAUUGCAGACGCUGCUGGUUUAUGGAUGCUGCUGGUUGGGCGCGUGAGCUCGCAGAGGCGACAUUUCCAGCCUUCAAUUCUGAUUGGCUCUCAUAUGAGGAAGCUCACGCGCUCAUCCACCUAUUAAGCGCCUCCCUGUCUCUCUAAAGAACAUUAUAAUGCUCGCAGCCACCUUUUUUUAAACGCGCGGAGAAUUUUUCUUCAUUUGGCCACUCUAUGCUGUUUAAAGGAGUUAAAAGUUUUAGGGCUAGUUUCGGCACCGGUGCGCGAUGCUCUCUCACGCCGAUCUCUUGGACACUCGCCUCGGUGAGUUACCGACACCCAACUCCGGUCUUCAGCUCCACUGUAAGCUAUGGAGGAACUUUCCAUUUAUACAAUUAUGAUCGGAUUUAGACUUAAUGCUUAAUCUAAUUUUGAACUCGAUAUUGCAGGCUAAUUCAUUAUCUAGUGAAUUAAUUACAUCUAACCUAUUUCAUCAACCUUGUCUAAAUAUUGAUAGAGGAUUGACUGAGGAUCUUAUGUGAUGCAGUUUGAACUUGUUUGGAAUAUUUUCGAUGCUGGUCAUGUUGUUAUCCGAUUAGAGAAAAGUCCAAAUGUUUUCUGUGUUUUUCGUGCCAUGGAAAAACUUAAUUUUGACCGGUGCUUUUGCAGGGAUGAAGGAUGCUGCGGCUGAGCUGCUGGGCCACAGGGAGGCUUUAAAGUGCAGACUCGUCGCGGACACCGGACACCCGGGUGAUCUGAGCUCCGGACCGGACGCGGUCGAGGGUACCACGCUGCUCCCCGGGGAAGAUAUAAGCAAUGGCGGAUCAAACCCCAGCGGCAUGCAGCAGGUCGGCUCCAAGGAGCAAGACAAACAACAACAACAAGGGUCGAGUCAGUCGGGUGGACAACAGAGUCAGCAGAAACAGAAACGACACCGGACCCGCUUCACACCGGCGCAGCUUAACGAGCUGGAGAGAAGCUUCGCAAAAACCCACUACCCUGAUAUCUUCAUGAGAGAGGAACUGGCGCUCAGAAUCGGAUUAACAGAGUCCCGAGUUCAGGUGUGGUUUCAGAACCGUCGGGCCAAGUGGAAGAAGCGCAAGAAGACGACGAAUGUGUUCCGCGCUCCUGGCACGCUGUUGCCCACACACAGUUUGCCGCAGUUUCCGACGGCCGCUAUGGGCGACGGCUUGUGCUCAUUCCACGCCAACGACGGGCGCUGGGCCGCGGCUGGAAUGGCAGGCGUUUCUCAGCUGCAGCUGCCGCCGUCGCUCGGCCGCCAGCCGUCCAUGGCGCAGUCGCUGUCGCAGUGCAGCCUGGGAGGCGCGCCGCCGCCCAACUCCAUGGGCCUUUCCAACGGUCUAUCGUCGAACGGCUCGGGUCUGCAGUCGCACCUGUACCAGCCCGCGUUCCCCGGCAUGGUACCCGCCUCGCUUUCCGGUCCGACCAGCGCGAGCGGUUCGCCUCAGCUGUGCAGCUCCCCGGACAGUGACGUGUGGAGAGGCAGCAGCAUCGCCUCCCUGCGCCGCAAAGCGCUCGAGCACACCGUCUCCAUGAGCUUCACCUAAUCACAACGUCACUUGCG